AUGGACCCACCUUUCAAGGAGACGCAGUUUGCAUAUUUUCCUAGUUCCGACUCCCUCUCAUCCCCUGCGGGGCCUUUGCCCAACUCCGGGAGUUUUUCUAGCUACAGCGACACGGGGAAGGCUGGAAAGUCAGAGGAUACUUUUGUGGUGGGUGAGUAUCGCUUGUCUUCGUGUCCUAUUUGUUUGGAGCGGUUUACACUUGACAAUCCUGCGAUUGUUGUCUUGUGUGGGCACGGUUUUCACCUGCAGUGUCUGGAAAGUUGGAGGCAGCGGGCGUCCAUAUGUCCUGUUUGUAUGAAGCUCAUGCAGGGUGAGGGAAUUCCAAUGAUGUCCGCCCGUGAUACGAGGCGGCGACGGCGUUACAAGGGCGUUAAUAGUACUGUUACUGCUGCAGCUACUGCCCGCAGCAGCUGUGAUCAUCGUAGUGUGUGCAUGGAGCCAGCAAUGGGGGAUCCCAUGAUGGCACCGCCCCAAUGUACACCUCCCCUUGGGGAGGAGCACAUUGCGAACACCAAUAGGGACGGGGGCGUUGUUUGGUCCGUACUGUCCGUGCUGUGGUCUCUCUCGCGGUGGUGCUCUCGCGGCGGGGAGUGA